CUCUGACAGCCGGCUCUUCUUUAUCUCCUCACUUUAAUAAAUUAUUGAUAAUUGAUUAAGACACUAUUCAUCCAGUUUUAUUUUUUCUGUCCAGCAAAAGUUUUUCUUUUUAUUUUAUUUGUCAAGAUGAAGCAGCUGCCCAGUAGUGCGGAUAUUGGACUGAUGGGUGAACAGAUCCAGAACCCUGUAGAGCUGAGUUACGGGAAAGCUCAGAUGUUUGAGUGGUGCUCUCCUCAGCAGCAGUAUCUCGAUCUGGCCAACGGGGGACGAAACAAUAUGUCGUCCGUCCAUCCUCUCGUCCCCCUCCUCCUCUACAGUGACAGACACUUCCCUCCAUCCUCCUCUUCCUCAUCUGUCAGUCAGCCAAUGGAGGAGUCUGUUGUCCUGCAGGCCGACGCCCACUCUGGGACACACCCCUGUUACCAUAGCAACGGAGGGAGUCGGUCGACGGUGCAGGUGAAGAAGCCCCUGAAUGCAUUCAUGCUCUACAUGAAGGAGAUGAGACACAAAGUGCUGCAGGAAGGCCGAGAGCGAGAGAGUGCAGCCAUCAACCGAAUCCUGGGACGCAGGUGGCAUGCUCUGUCUCGCUCUGAACAGUCCAAAUAUUAUGAUCUGGCCCAGAAGGAGAGGCUGCUCCACAUGCAGCUGUACCCCGGAUGGUCGGCCAAAGACAACUAUGGUAAAAGGAAGAGGAAGCGGAGCCACCAGGUAUCAGUAGACUGUCCCAGCUGGACUCUGACCGUUGGAUAAGUCUGAAGAAAUAAGACAUGAUUAAUUUGUAGUCUGGAGAUCAAAAUCUGACUUAA